GGCGGCUCGGCUCCUCCUAGCUGUGCCCCUGCCCCCGUUUUCUCGCGGACCCAGCAAGGGGUUCGUCGCUCGCAAAACCGGCUGCGAGAUCGGCCCCUCCACGCACCAAAUCUGCAGAAGAUGGACUCGGCCGCUUUCGCCACACAGUUGAGAAGCGGAACCAUAGUAGUACAGCCUGGAGAAACUCUAUGGUUUGAGAACCCGGCCGGCGAAGAGUUUCCUGUUGUGGUGCAUUGUGGGGGCAAGGAAGCGGCUAUGGCGGAUGGAGAGGAGCCGGAGAAGAAAAGAAGGAGGCUAGAGGAGCGGCGGCUAGCGGGAGAGAGGCAGAGAGAGAUGGGAAUGGCUGUUGAUGGUGGGUGUGGGGACAAUGGAGACUGGGAAGGUCGCUGGAACCAUGUAAAGAAGUUCCUCGAGCGAUCUGGACCUUUCACACACCCUGAUUUCGAACCAGGCACUCAACCGCUUGACUUUCUGUUAAACACGUGUAAAGUUCUAGUUAUUGGAGCAGGAGGAUUAGGAUGUGAACUCCUGAAAAAUCUGGCAUUGUCUGGUUUUAGACAAAUCCAUGUUGUUGACAUGGACACUAUUGAUGUAUCUAACCUGAAUAGACAAUUUUUGUUUCGACCUAAAGAUGUUGGGCGGCCUAAAGCAGAAGUUGCUGCUGAAUUUCUAAAUAGUCGAAUUCCCAAUUGUGCUGUUGUACCACAUUACAAAAAGAUUCAGGAUCUGGAUGAAACUUUCUAUAGACAGUUUCAUAUCAUUGUAUGUGGUUUGGACUCAAUAAUUGCAAGAAGAUGGAUAAAUGGAAUGCUGAUUUCGCUUUUAAACUAUGAAGAUGGGGUGUUGGAUCCAACUUCCAUUAUACCUUUGAUUGAUGGAGGAACUGAAGGUUUUAAAGGAAAUGCUCGUGUGAUUAUUCCUGGCAUGACUGCUUGCAUUGAAUGCACUCUUGAACUUUAUCCACCACAGGUCAAUUUUCCGAUGUGCACAAUUGCUUCAAUGCCUCGGCUGCCAGAACAUUGUAUUGAGUAUGUCAGGAUAUUGCAGUGGCCCAAGGAACAACCCUUUGGAGAAGGUGUUCCCCUAGAUGGAGAUGACCCAGAACACAUACAGUGGAUUUUUGAACAGUCUUUAGAAAGAGCAUCACAGUUUAAUAUUAAAGGUCUAACCUACAGGCUCACACAAGGAGUUGUAAAGAGGAUCAUUCCAGCUGUAGCUUCUACGAAUGCUGUCAUUGCAGCUGUAUGUGCCACUGAAGUCUUUAAAAUAGCCACAAGUGCUUACAUGCCUCUGAACAAUUAUCUGGUAUUCAAUGAUGUAGACGGACUCUACACAUACACAUUUGAAGCAGAAAAGAAGGAGAACUGUUUAGCCUGCAGCCAGCUCCCUCAAAACAUAGAAUUUUCUCAGUCUGCUAAACUGCAAGAAGUUUUGGAUUAUUUGACAAACAAUGCUUCAUUACAAAUGAAGUCCCCUGCAAUAACAGCUACAGUAUAUGGGAGAAAUAAAACUCUUUAUUUACAGUCAGUAGCUUCAAUUGAAGAACGAACAAGGUCAAACCUUUCAAAGACUUUAAAAGAACUGGGACUUGUUGAUGGUCAGGAGCUUGCAGUUGCAGAUGUCACCACACCUCAGACUGUUCUCUUCAAACUUCAUUUUACUACUUGAUAUAAAUAAAAGUGGUAUAAAUAUGCACUGAAAAUAUUGCAUAACUUGUAAAACAACUGUUGUGCACUAGGAAGAUGAAUUUUGUCCAGACCCAGUCUUUAUUAAUACAAGCAUUGCUGGAAGCUAGUUUAUUCUGAAUAAAUUGCUCUUAUAUUAGAACUGUCCUUGAAAACCAAUAUUUGGUUGAUAACUGUAUAAAAGCUCUAAUGUACAGAAAUCUGAUGUAUAGCAUUUUUUUCAAUUUGUAAUUACACUAAAUGCCAACACUCUUUCCUGCAUGUGGAAACUUGUGAUGGUCAAUAGAUUAGUUCUAUUGUACCUAAGUACCUAUGAAUCCUUUGAAUGUACAUGGUAACAUGAACAAAGAUUUUAAAUUACAUUUUAGAAUCUGUGUACAAUUUAGUUCAGACCACCAGCCAGUAGAAUAAGCCUGUUUCUUGCUUUAUUUAAUGUCCUUAUUGAGCAAUUUGAAAACUCUUAAGUAUUGCCAAAAUGUACUGUAUUUUUUUAAAAAAAAUAUGAACUUAAAAUUGUCACCUGUAGAUGAGCAUCAAACACUUAAUUUGUAUAAUUGUAAGAACUACUGGCUACUGUGCAUGGUGCCGUCUGCUGGAUACUUGAGUGGUAUUUCAUUGUCAGUGUAUUUAUUUCAUUUGCUUGGUCAUGCAGGGCUGUUUUACCCAAUGGUACCUUUUAGGCUGGGGUUGUUGCAAAUAUUAUGCUCCCCUCCAUGUAGAAGCACUUCUAGCUUGAAGCUUAUGCUGGUGGUGGGAUGGGAGAGGCACAUGUAAGGAAAGAUAAGCUUAUAUUAAAGUUAACUAUUGUCAAAA